GGGCCGGGCCGGGCGGCGCCAUGUCCUCCUUCUCGGAGUCGGCCCUGGAGAAGAAGCUCUCGGAGCUGAGCAACUCUCAGCAGAGCGUCCAGACCCUGUCGCUGUGGCUCAUCCACCACCGCAAGCACGCCGGGCCCAUCGUCUCCGUGUGGCACCGGGAGCUCCGCAAAGCAAAAUCAAGUAGGAAGCUUACAUUUCUAUAUUUGGCGAACGAUGUCAUCCAGAACAGUAAAAGGAAGGGUCCUGAAUUCACAAGGGAGUUUGAAUCUGUUCUUGUGGAUGCUAUUUCUCAUGUUGCCAGAGAGGCAGAUGAGGGCUGCAAAAAGCCCUUGGAGCGACUGCUUAACAUCUGGCAAGAAAGGAGCGUGUAUGGCAGCGAGUUCAUACAACAGCUGAAACUUUCUAUGGAGGACACCAGUAGCCCUCCACCAAAAGUUACAGAGGAGAAAAAGUCCUUGAAGCGGACAUUUCAGCAGAUACAAGAGGAAGAAGAUGAGGAUUACCCUGGGAGCUACUCGCCCCAGGACCCCAGCACUGGGCCAUUACUGCUUACAAGGAAGUAUGUAUGUCAAGCAGACAGUGAACAUCCUUUGGUUCUUCAAGCCAGCAUAAACAUUGAAAAGACUGAGGACUUGAUCAAAGCCCUGCAGGACCUGGAAAAUGCAGCAUCAGGAGAUGCCACAGUGCGGCAGAAAAUUGCCUCACUGCCACAGGAAGUUCAAGAUGUGUCACUGCUGGAGAAAAUUACAGACAAAGAGGCAGCAGAACGUCUUUCGAAAACGGUGGAUGAAGCAUGUUUGUUACUAGCGGAGUAUAAUGGGCGGCUGGCAGCAGAGUUGGAAGACCGACGCCAGCUGGCACGCAUGCUGAUUGAGUACACCCAGAACCAGAAGGAUGUAUUGACCGAGAAAGAGAAAAAGUUAGAAGAGUAUAAACAGAAGCUUGCUCGGGUAACCCAGGUCCGCAAGGAGCUGAAAUCACACAUCCAGAGCCUUCCAGAUCUGUCGCUGCUGCCCAACGUUACAGGAGGCCUGGCACCUUUGCCAUCUGCUGGUGAUUUGUUUUCAACUGACUAGGACUAAUGGUGCCCGCAUUUACUAAUUCCCCUUAGUACCAGCAGAAGUAAGAAAACUCUCAUGUUGACUGGAAAUCCAGUCUUCCAAUGAUCUACCAUAGGAAUGAACAUACAGACCCUACUUUCAACCUACCAGCUGCACAUGCGUGCUCUCUGUGUACAGUGUCUCAUGUUGAGGGGAAGAUGGAGAGUGUGUAUGUCCAUGUUCUGAAGGGAGUGGGUAUAGAGUCCAUAUAUAUUUUGAAAAACUUUUCUCACCUUUUCUGUACUCAGAUUAGUUUCCGUUUGCUCUUAGCACUUGUUACUCCCACAGAAGUCAUAAGAAUCAUGUACAUAUACCUUGAAAGUUUUCAAAGAAAUGUUGUGUUUUUCUCUCUAAAAGUGUCUGAUUAUUUCUGAAUCUGUUUUGUGUGUGUUAGUUGGGUUUCUGACGUUCAAAUCUAUAAGCAGUAGAGUGGCUAGUGUGCUUCAUGGGGGCGUAUGCAUGUGUGUACUGUACCAUACUGGGAUCAGGGGGACAUGUCCACAGAGCAACAGUACAGUUAACCUUUUGUUAAAUCUAUAGUUGCUGUUACUGUUGUAGGAAUGACCUCAAGGUGGCUCCUAUUUGGUAUGGUGCAUAUGUACAUACACUGAGACUCGCACUAUGGGCGAUAGAAAUGAACAGCUUGUUUUUGUGAGUUAGAGAUAACUUCAUAACUUGCACUGUGCUGAGCAAUGCAGAACUGGUUACUAAGCAUGAGUAGAAGUGAAUUUUAUUCCAACUCCCUUGUAUUAUAUUUAUACCACAUUUCCCUCUGUAUUAUAUAAAUGUAAAUGCUACUGAAGUUUUAACUAGCCAAGAGGUUGGAGUGGUGGAAUAAAACUAGUGAUAUCUCAAAUAGGUACUGUAACUUUCUUUGUGAACUUGAGAAUGGCUAUAUUGAAAAUCUUGUUCUAUGAAUUUUGUCUCCUUAGGUUAAAUAAGUGAAUUUAUUUGAUGGACUGAAGUUAAAUGUGGUAUAAAUAUUUUAUUUAUAUAGCGUAUCAACAUAUACAGACCUGUAUGUAUAUGUAUACACACAUCCUGUAUACCAUACAUCAAUAUACAUGAGCAUGUAUAUAUUGGGAGGAUGUAUGUAUUUUCGUAUCACACAUUAAUGUGAGUUGAUUUUUUCCCAGUAAAAAUCGAAAAACAAAUUUAAAAAAUACUAAUUCUAAUUCCAUGAUCAUGCUAGCUAAUGGUAGAACUACCAUGGAUGUAGUUAGCUUUAAAUUUGUGUGUAUUAGUUUUAGCAAGCAGGCCUGCCUGCUCAUUGCAAACCAUUCCAAUCUGGCAAUUUUGUUUUAAUUUAAACACUUCUUGCUAAGGGCAUGACUUCACGAGCGAUGUGGCAGUGCUUUAACGUGGCUGUGGAGUCGCGUCAUCAGUGCUGGUGCACUGUCUCCCCAAGCGCUAUAAAAAACCCACCUCCCCAAGUGGAGUAACUCCCAGCGCGGGUGCACUGUCUACACUUCCACUUCAGAGUGCUGAAACUUGCAGCGCUCGGGGGUGUUUUUCACACCCUGAGCGCGAACGUUGCAGCACUGUAAAGUGCCAGUGUAGACAAGGCCUAAGACUUCACAAGCUGCUGGAAACACUUGAUUGGAUAUUAUAGGUUCUGUAAUACAGAGGCUGAAACCAGUAAGGCAGAGUGAUGUGCUUUGUUUGUGCCUCACUGUGGUCUUAAGCUGCUCUUUUCAAAGACAUGAGAGGAAACCUAUAGAAAUAUGAAGCUUGUUCUUUGUGCUCGUUAACUUAUUUUACAGGGAAUAUAAUGGCUAAUUCAGCAUUCAGUGAAACCGAAUAAACUAGCAUUUCUGGUCAUUUAGUUUGUGAAAAGUUCAUGCACUUCAUUUUGGCCCUUUAUUCUUGCCUCCUUACUGCCCAUCUGUGGAAUCUGUUUUCCCCUUGUUGUAGAGGAGAAUUCCUGGGGGCAGAACUACAUUCUUCCAUGAAUUGAUGUGAUUUGGAGAGCCCUUUAUCUGAAUGUUUGGACCAUAAAGUGUUCUACGCUCUCUCUGCUUUUGCCAAAAAAACAAACAAAAGAAAACCCCAAACUCUCAAACACACAAACCAAAAGAUGCAUUUCUAUCCUGUCCCAGCUCAGUGGAGUUAACCCCAGACUGUAUUUUAUUUAAAUAACUAUUCUUGACCUAUAAUUUGACUGCAUAACCAUUACUGGACAAAAAUGAAGCAAAACUGUCAUAGAAAUUAUGUAGACAAAUGAGUGUUGGCAUCUCAAACUGCUAUUUUGGGCGGAUUUUCUGUGAGAAAGUUGUAUGUUUGUUUUUUAAAUUGAAAUGCUUUGAUUUUUCCAAAAAAGUGUGUGUUUUACUUUAUUUUGCUUAAUUUAAAUAGUCUUGUGGUUUUUAUUGACGGGGCGGGGGGGGGGGGGAGGGCAAAGGAUGCCUGGUGAACUGGGUACAACUUCCUCAAACAGUUUCCCCAAAGUGUCUCUUAAAAAAAAAAAAAAAAAAAAAAAAAAAAAAAAGGAGCUUAAAUCUGUAUAUGAAUUGAUCUAGGAAUUAAUUUAGAAGCAUAGGCUGCCGUUUUGGCAGCAGUAUAUUCUGAAAUGUCUCAUAGAUAUCUAUUUUUGAAUAAAGAGGGUGUUGUUGAAUGG